AUGCACUGCACAGGCGUGGAGCAACUUACCACCAAGCAGAGAAAAUGGUGGCUGCAUGGAUCCAACCGGCACAUUACAGGCUCAUACUGCGCACCUCCAGAGUGGCAGUUCGGCAACGAAGACUACGGCAAUCCACAAGGCGGGAAAGGGCACCAAGGCCCUCAAGCACGAGCUUCCACGCACGGCAGAAUAAAAGCGAGAAAGCCACCCAAGCGACAUAGGAUGAGACCAUGCUGGAAUGGACCCUCAAGCCCCAGCACAUCGUGA